UCAGAAAUAACAAAAGCGGAGGGGCUUGGGAAUAAAAUCAUAAAUAAAACAAUUUAUGAGUGUAUGGGAGUUUGUUAAAGAAUACCAACUCCGUCAUUUUCAAAACUGAAUCACUCUGAUCCCCCGACGGCGACCGGUUAAUUUUACUCAAUCAACCACCACUUAGUGACGUCACAUUCCGGCGUGUUACGACUGCAUUCCGAAAGUAUUCAGAACUCUGGGUGGUAAAUGGACUCUGAACUGGAUGAUGCAUCAGAUACUCAGCCUUUGAAAGCUCCGGAAGUACAGACUCAGUCUGGGGUUGAAUUGGACAAUCCUGCAGGGAAUUCACGGUCUAUGGUUUCUGUUUCUGGUCUAUCCAUGUGGGCUAAAAAUUUGAAAAUUCCCGACUCUUUGGUCGGUAAGCAAGAUAGUUCGCCAUCUGAUAAGUCACCACUUGCUCGCUUCACCAGUGGACUUGGUUUUCGAGCGUCUCCAAAAGCUUCCCGGCUAGAUGAUAGUGCUGAAGGAACUUCACCAUCUGCGCAAUCCAAUUUGUUUGGAACAAUCACAAAAGGAUUAGUUGACUCGUCUAAGGUUGCAGUCAAGGCAGUGCAGGUCAAGGCUCGCCAUGUUGUAUCUCAAAAUAAACGAAGAUACCAGGAAGGAGGGUUCGAUUUAGAUUUGACAUAUAUCACAGAAAAUAUUAUUGCUAUGGGCUUUCCUGCCGGGGAUAUGAGCUCGGGGUUUUUUGGCUUUGUUGAGGGAUUUUACAGAAAUCAUAUGGAAGAAGUGAUCAAGUUCCUUGAAACCUAUCACAAGGGCAGGUACAAAGUGUACAAUCUUUGUUCUGAGAGGCUGUAUGAUGCAUCCCUUUUCGAAGGCAAGGUUGCUUGCUUUCCAUUUGAUGAUCAUAAUUGCCCUCCCAUUCAACUCAUUAUAUCAUUUUGUAGAAGUGCAUACUCAUGGUUGAAGCAGGAUAUUGAAAAUGUUGUGGUAGUGCACUGUAAGGCUGGAAUGGCCAGAACUGGUUUAAUGAUUUCCAGUCUUCUUCUGUAUCUGAAGUUUUUUCCUACAGCGGAGGAGUCUAUUGACUAUUAUAACCAGAAAAGAUGUUUCGACGGGAAAGGCCUUGUUCUUCCCAGUCAGAUUAGGUAUGUGAAAUAUUUUGAACACGUCUUAUCAUUUUCCAAUGGUGAGAAUCAUCCUGUUCGUAGAUGUAUACUGAGGGGCCUCCGCCUUCAUAGGUGCCCUUAUUGGAUUAGGCCCUCCAUUACUAUCUCUGAUCAUAAUGGUGUUCUAUUUUCUACCAAGCAACAUCCCAAAACAAAAAAUCUUUCGCCUGAAGAUUUUUGGUUUAGUGCCCCAAGAAAAGGCGUUAUGGUCUUUGCUUUGCCAGGGGAACCUGGACUGACAGAGUUGGCUGGAGACUUCAAAAUUCAUUUUCAUGAUGGUCAAGGAGACUUCUACUGCUGGUUAAACACUUCAAUGUUCGAGACCAGAAAGUUUUUAACCACAGAUGGUCUUGAUGGGUUUGACAAGAGGAAACUGCCAUCACCAGGUUUUCAGUUAGAAGUUGUAGUUGUGGAGUACAGUGGCACUGUUCCAAAUACUACAAUGGGGACUCAGACAGAAACUUCUACCAACGGGCUCACUGAAAGGCCGGGUGCCAAUCAUGCACCAACUGGUGGAGCUGUUGGUGCAACUGCAGCACCACAAACAGUCAGAGACUCUGUAAGCAGUGAAAAGAAUGAUGACGUGUUCUCUGACACUGACACUGAGGCAGAAGACGUCAAUUCUUCAAAGCACAGGCAGGCUGGAUUAGCUUCUGAAGCUGACGUAGCUAGUGUUAACACUACUUCUAGUACUCAAGCACUCAGCAAAUCAGAUCAAAUCUCAAAUUUGUCACAUGAUGCUAGGCAACUCGCACCAGGAAAGACAAGUUUUAAUGAGCCUAAGGACAGCACUGGCACGGUUGUGUUGGGCGACAAGGUGUCCAGCCCAGUUGGAGAGGUAAGUGACUUUAAGGCAAUGGCAGCUGAUGCGUCUGUUUUCACAUUUGGCGACGAAGAAGAUUUUGAAAGUGAUUAAAGUUAAGUGACCAAAUUUUACACUGUAGUACAAAGUCUAUGUACAAAUUGGGGUAUCCAGUUCAUUUCAUUCUUUUUUUUUGCAGGACUUCAUUUAUUUCUAUGUAGUCCGUGCAUUAUCAAACUAAAAGUUUCUUUUUAUCAAACUCGUUCUGUUUCUUUCGUA